AUGCGUCUUUCUUCCUUCUUCGUAGUGAUCGCAGCUACCUUUGUGGCUACCAGCGCGGCUCUCACGGCCCCCAACCAAGUUGACCAGCGUCUUCUGAGGACUCACCACGCGCCUACUCCCGAGUCCGAAGAAAGGGGUAUCAGAAAUAUCCCUCUUAAACGGCUUAAUUCGCUGACCAGAAAAAUUGACGUUGACGUUCCAAGAAUCGCUGUCAGGAACGACAUUACCUACUUCAAUGGUCUCAGUAACGCGGCUCGGGAAAGGUACACCGAGGGGCUCAGCAAGCUGCUAAAAAGAUUUAGGACCGCAAAGGCUUCACGCAUCACAUCUUCGUAA